AUGAUGAUCGAAGCAUUAAUUUCUAUGGCGCGUUAUUUAUCAGCGCAUAAAGACGAUGAUUUUGCCGACAGAAUGAAUUAUUUAUAUACUCCAAAUAUGUUGUUAGCCUUUUCUGUUUUAAUUUCUUUUAAACAAUUUGGGGGAAGACCGUUAGAGUGUAUGUUUCCAAAUAAAUUUCCUGGAAGUUGGGAACAGUAUGCAGAAAAUUUUUGUUGGUCAGAAGAUACUUAUUAUUUACCUCCAGAAGUUCAUGUUGCACAAAUUAAAGAAUCUGAAAGAUAUUCAGAGGAAAGAAAACUUUCUUAUUAUCAAUGGGUUCCCUUCUUUUUACUUUUACAGGCUGCUUGUUUUAGAUUACCGAGGUUAUUAAUUUUAAAAAAUUGUUUAAAAAAUUAUUUUAGUAUUUUAUGGAAGGCUGCCAGUCUUAGUUCUGGUAAAUGUUUUUAA